AGAUAUUUAUGGGUUUUUAUAUAAUAUCUAAAAUAUAAUUACUGUAGAUUCAGAAGGUAAAAGUAAAGGAAUUUUAAAAAUGUAUGCAUGUUGCGUAUAGAACUGAAUUUUCGUAUUGGUAGUAGGAUAAUAAUUUCGGUGUUUUAACGAACUAUUACCAAAUUAAAAUUGGUUAAACGUUGAUCUGUGCAAUUAAUUACCAUUUUUUAUAACAAGUUCGUGUAAGUUGCCAGUUUAUCAACGAAAGUGAAAAAUUUGAAAGAUGAACGCCUAAAUAAAGACGAGCAAAGAUCGCUGACCAAACAAAAUGUGCAAACAAUAUUCAAGCAUCAGUUUCCAGUACAGCAUGAAUAUUUUGCAAAAAAAAAAAAAAGAACAUGGCAUUUGUUUGCAAUGAUUUUCCAAUACGCGCUCAACUAUGCAAACGUGCACCCUGUAUUUAGUAUACGUAUUUCCACAUCGCACUGCCGAUUUGCGUGAAAAUUAAUAAAUACAAGUAGAGAAAAUAUCAAAGCAAGUGACGAUUAUUAUUCUGCCGUAAGUCACGAGCGCAGCGAACCAUCGGUUCGCAAAUGCUAAUCCUUCGAACAAACAGAUGUAUAAAAUAAACAAACUCCUCUCGGUUUCGGCUUAUGCAUAUAAUAUACAUAAGUACGCACCUCGACCCAUGCCAAAUCAAGUGUAUUGUCGGCUCGUAUGCGAGUUUUAGCGAGCAUUUGCCAUCACUUUAUCUGCAAUCGCUGCACAUAUGUAUACUAUACGUAGCACGUAAAUUAGUGAAUAAGAAGAAGAAACGAAAAGCCACUCACGAGCGCAUAGCUGAUGCGAAAGACUGCGUGGCUGUUUAGUCGACGGACGCGUGCACUGCAGGGAGAUACUCUGUCGGAUCGACUCUGCUCGUUGAAGCUAUUAAUUUUUCUUAUUUUAUUUUAUUUUUUUUUUUUGCCGUAAAACGCGUGUUGUUUAACUACAGUGUAUACUUAGGAGCCUACACAAGUGCGCGUUGAAGGAUCGAUGGUACGAGGUUUACCGAUUCGAGACGGAGCUGUAUUUUAUUUACUGUCAACAAUCCAACAAACCCCCCCCCCCUGCGAUGGAUCUGUCAAUGAUUUUAUAUUGUCAAAAAAGUGGACCAGCUUUUUGUGUAUACGAUCGGUUUAAUGGAGCUAAAUUUUCGCGCUCAUUGAAUAAACGAGUAAACUGCCGAAUGACUGGACGCAUGCAACAGUACGUGUAAGUAUAUAAUAUGUGGUACAUUACGAGGUCGCCGCGAGCUUUUGUAGCUGUGCUGGAUUAUCAUGUGUGUACCUAUACGUGUUGAACGAGCACGUAAAUGCCUUCUUGUAUAUGAAUCGACGCUAUAAUCUCUCGAUAAUGAAUCACGUUUGAUAUGGAUUUUUUUCCCUUUUUUCGGUGCGCUAAUGCUCGGGUGUCGGUAAAAAUUUAUAGCUGCCGUGUACACGCGUAGUUGGAUGGUUUUAUUCGGGAAAUGACUCUCAAACUGGGUGGCCAAAUGCUUCGUCGCUGUAAAGCACAUUUCCAGCCAUAUGCGUUUAAAAAAAAGAGGAGUAGACCCGACAAGGAGCCCAAGAUGAGGAACAUCGUCAAGAUCGUCAACCUGAUCCACACACUGGUCCAGUUCGUGGCGAGGGGAUUUUUCCUCCUCGUGGCCUAUCUGAGCGGGCCGGCCGAGUCUCAGCCACCGAUCAAGGACCUCACGCUACUCCACAGCGCCACCGUGCUCGCUCUAAAAAUAAGAACUCGCCAAUUAUCCUCGGAGAGCGUCGUAAGAUCCUACAUCGAGAGAAUCAAAGAGAUACAGCCGACUUUGAACUGCAUGACGGAGGACAGGUUCGAGGACGCGCUGAAGGAUGCCGUAAAGUGCGACGAGCUGCUCAAGUCACUGGACAAACCCUCCGUUGAGACCCUCGCCAGAGACAAGCCGUUUUUCGGGGUCCCCUUCACGACCAAGGACUGCAUUGCCAUCGAGAACCUGAAACAGACCGCUGGUCUGGUAGCUCGCAGGAACUACCGGGCCGCCAGGGACGCGGAGUGCGUGAGACUGAUGAGACUCGCGGGGGGCAUUCCCCUCGCUACCACCAACGUGUCCGAGCUCGCCAUGUGGUGGGAGAGCACGAACUGCAUAUACGGAACCACCAAAAAUCCUUACAACACGAGGCACAUCGUAGGCGGGUCAUCGGGCGGUGAAGGUUGCAUUCAAGCUGCAGGUGGAUCCCCAUGUGGGAUCGGAUCGGACAUCGGUGGAUCGAUUCGCAUGCCCAGCUUUUUCAACGGGAUUUUCGGGCACCGGCCCUCCAAAGGUGUCGUGUCUAACGAGGGCCAGUAUCCAAACGCGUACACGGAGGAGCAGAACGCGCUCCUAGUGGUGGGCCCGAUGUGCCGGUUCGCCGAGGACUUGGGGCCCAUGCUGGGGGUACUUGCCGGGAAAAAUGCCGAGCUGCUGAAACUCAACUCCAAGGUCGACAUGUCGAAGCUCAAGGUGUUUUACAUGGAGGACAGCGGCGGCGAGAUGCUCGUGUCGUCCGUGGACCCGGAGAUCAAGGAAUCGAUGCGGCGCGUCGUCGAUUACUUCGAGAGGGCGCACAAGGUCAAGCCGACGAAGGUUGAGAUCCGCAAGUUCAAGAAGAGCUUGUCGCUGUGGCUGGCCAGAAUGUCGAGCCGCGAUGGCAAAGACUUCUCGUACGAGAUGAGCAACUGCACGGGCCGGCUGAACGUAGCCUGGGAGCUGCUCAAGUGGAUCACGUUCACGAGCGAGCACACGAUCGCGGCACUGGUCACGGCCACCUUCGAGAGACUGAACGUCGGCUACGGCUCCGAGCUCCAUGGCAAGCUCAAACAGGAGGGGAAAGAGCUCCAGCUGGAGUUUCAGGACAUGCUCGGCGACGACGGAGUAUUUUUAUAUCCGACGCAUCCCACCGCUGCCCCACUUCAUCACGAGCCACUCGUCAAGCCCUUUAAUUUUUCGUACACGUCCAUUAUUAACGUGCUCGCAUUACCCGCGACCGCUUGUCCCCUUGGAUUGGACAAGCAGGGCUUGCCAAUUGGUUUACAGGUGGUGGGUGGACUUUACCAGGAUCAUUUAACGAUUGCCGUAGCCGAGGAGCUACAGCGGGGAUUUGGGGGCUGGGUGCCACCGGCGAUAAUCGAGUAACGCACCGAUGCCAACUUCCUAUGCCGAGGAAACAAAACAAUGCCUUAUAGACUCAAAAACCAAGGAAAUUAGCUGCUGAACAAUAAAGCCCCCUAUUGCGACCUCUCUUGCUCAUUAUAUGCGUGGACUUGACAAGCAGAGGGAAAACGGAAAGGGAGGGGGGAUUGGGGUAGGGGGCCCAGAAUAAUACUGUUUUUUAUAUCUCGAUUGCGCGACGCGAGGCUCGAUUUUUUUUUCGGCCCGUGCAGAUUAUUAUUAUUAUUAUUA